CUCGUCUCCGCUCCAAGUGAUGUCGCUCAACGUGAUGUCUUGCCUGUGGAGGGAACGGCCGGCGGACGAGCUGAGCGAGGCCGCUGGCCUGUGCGAGGUCAUGCACGAGGGCGCCGCGUGCUUUGGGAAGGGACUUAUGCUCAAGACCAACAAGAACCACCUGUUCAUCAUAACAGCGGCACACGUCGCAGUCGGCGCCACAGGCGCCAGGAUGGUCAUCGACAACCAGGAGCACACGGUGCAGGUGGCGGCGGCUUUCAUCCACAAGAACUACAUCGUCAGCGGCCAUCCUGAUCUUGCCAUCCUGAGGGCGCAGGACAACGCCCCUCUUUGUGCCGCCCUUCCUGCCAAGCGACUCGUUAUCGCCCGGAACAUCGACAUCCGCCACCAGCUGUCUUCCGUCGACCGUCAUCGUUUUUUCAAGGGCGACGUGACGGAGGUCUCGUUCGAAAGGCCACUGGAUGUGACGGCUGGGGCGGCUUCGGCGGCGCGCGGUGCGGGCCAGGAAUCCGAGUGCAUGUGGAUGCGGCUGUCCGGCAUUACUUCAAUGCCGGGGGACUCCGGCAGCCCCAUGGUGACCACGGCUGAGACGUCGUGGCACCACACCGAAGGUCUUCUAGGUGGUCUUCUGCACGGUGUGUCGCCACAGACCUCCAAGAAGAAACGGCAGACGGGCAGCACCACUGACUCUUCCACGGCACCAGCUCUGCACCCAAUCUUGUACGUCACGCCCCUCGGCAGCCUCGAGCAGCCCAAGAAGCAUUUUGUCAGCAUCCCUGUCCCUUCGUCCCCUGCGGCUAGGGAUUCCGACUUGUAUGCUGUUGUCGAGCUCCUCGAGAUGAUGCCGCCCACCUUUUCCGCCAAGCAGAAGCCUUUGAUGACCGUGGCCGACUACAAAAACAAUACGCCCCGACAGCAGAAGCCGCCCUCUCUCCCUCAGCAUCUCACUCACCCUCAUCCCCGCCGCCUCCCUCGCCCUCACCCCCGGCCGCGGACAAGCCUCCCUCGCCCUCACCCCCGGCCGCGGACAAGGGAGUGCUGGAUGCCAUCGCUCAGCUGGACGCUAAGAUAGACGCUAAGAUAGAUGGGCUCGGCAAGAAGAUCGACAGCACUCGGCUCGAGCUGGCCACACAGAUCAGCAGCAUGAGGGGAUAUGAGGUGGUCGAGGGACCGCCGGCGGAAGCUUUCAACAGCCUUCGACAGAGGCUGACGAAGGUCUUCAAGACCACUGAGGAAGAGCUGGACGCGAUGACUGUCGAGAAGGUCUUCAUCAAGCUGUUGGAAGAGGCCGACAAGAAUCCCUUUCCCGACCUCGCUGAGGUACACACGCACGCACACGUGCAUACAGACACACGGAAGCCUCAUACCGAGGUGCCACGCAUUGUGUUUUGGUUUGUUGUGUCUUGUCGUGCAUGUGUAGGGUGAGCAGUUGCCUCUGGCGUUCAGGACUGUCGUGCGCAUGCCCGUACCCCAGAUGCGGCGCGUGGGCUGAUGGUGCGACUGAUGGUAGGAUGGAUUUCGUCUGUCGUCUCGCCACACACACGUACAUUCACACGUGUGUGAUGUGCAUGUGUGUGUGGAUGUUUGUGGUGGGCCAGAUGAGGAGCUUGAUCAAGAGGACGGAGAGGACUCGAGUGAAGACGACGGAGAGCCAGAGGAGGAGGGGAACGAACAGCACAAAGACAGCCCUGAUCACGCAGCGGCUCAGGCGCCAGGCUGUGGUGCCGCGGCUGUACAUGAGUGUGUUGUCGUGUGAGGA